AUGUCCAACAUCUCCACAGUGACGGAAUUCCUCCUGCUGGGGUUCUCGGAGGUCCGGGAACUGCAGCUGGUCCACGCUGCACUAUUCCUCCUCGUCUACCUGGCGACCCUGAUGGGGAAUCUCCUCAUCGUCACCGUCACUGCCCUCGACUGGCGCCUCCACACCCCUAUGUAUUUCUUUCUCAGCAACCUGGCCCUCAUCGACCUCUGUCUCAUCUCCGUCACAGUCCCCAAGUCUGUUGUCAACUCCCUGACCAACAACAGAUCCAUCUCUUUCCUGGGAUGUGUUUUACAAGUUUUAUUCUUCAUAUCUUUGGCAUCCACUGAAAUGAUCUUGCUCACCGUGAUGUCCCAUGACUGCUAUGCCGCCAUCUGCCACCCCUUGCGCUACGAAGUCGUCAUGAACAGAUGGGCUUGUGGGAAGAUGGCGGUCGCCUCCUUGCUCAGCGGUGGCCUCUCCAGCCUCAUACACACGGCCGCCACCUUCUCCAAGCCCUUCUGUGGAUCCAACGUGAUCCAGCAUUUCUUCUGUGAUGCUCCCCACCUCCUGGGCCACGCUGACUCCACUGUGAUCCUCAGAGAAGUCGAAGUCACAACCUUUACUACAGGCCUCCCCCUGCUCUGCUUCAUUUCCAUCAUCGUCUCUUAUGUCCGUAUCUUCUCCGUUGUGCUGAAAAUGCCAUCGGUGGAGGGCCGGUCUAAAGCCUUCUCCACCUGUCUGCCCCACCUAAUCGUCAUCACUCUUUUCCUCUCCGUGGGGGCCUUUGCCUUUCUAAAUCCGAAGUCAAAUGGUCCUUCAGGGAUGGAUCUGUUUCUGUCCAUGUUCUAUUCCAUAGUGCCUCCAGCCACGAACCCCAUCAUCUACAGCCUCAGGAAUGGAGACCUGAAGGCCAGUCUGGGAAGGAUGUUAUGUGGGACAGGGUCCAACAAGAGAGAAAUGUUUGCUCGUCCAUUAGUCCUUUAG